AUGGAGGAUGCUGCUCUAACUUCAAAAUGCACAGAGGCUUCUAAAAGAAUUACUGCCAAACGGCUUGCUGCAUUUGGAUGCAAAGUUUUUCAAGUCAAAGAAUUAUUGCACGGUCGUACGCUAAGAAAGGUAAACAAGUCAAGAAAUGUGGCAUAUGUAUUUGCUUACAAUCUGAGUCAUGAUUCACAACUAUAG